AUGUCUCUGCUAUCAAGUGGGUCUCCUACAGUCGGCCGCAGGGUCCAGGCGAAAGCAUUGUCCAAUAAUGGGCGAAAAAUAUCUUUUGGACGUGAAGCAUCUAGCCACAAGCAUUUGCAUGCUUCUAGCAGUCCUCCUGAUCCUCUAAUAUCAUCCAAGCUUGGAAACUUCCAGCCCUCAGUCAGCGAAGACAACGAUGUCCCUACGAAUAAGAAGCAGAAGCUGGAACAUUCAAAACCCAUCUCUUUAGCUAGGGACUCCGAGAUGGAAAAGCUACUGACAAGGCUUUCCCCCAAGCCUCAAACACCAGGUAUCAAGUUGUCUACAAGCCAGACCUCACAUGAUCGGCAGAAGCAUACUCUUGAAAGCUGCUGCGAGAGCCUAGGAGGCCUUAGCGGAACUAACAAAUCUACCAGCUUUUUACCGCUCGCGUCUAUCUCGGAGCCAGUUCCGCUUUUUUCUCAAGAUUUAGCUCCACUAGACGCCACAGACACCGACACAUCCGAAGUCCUUCGCUUGAAGAAGGAACUGUUUGCGGCUAAUUCGAAGAUUGCACUUCAAGAACAAGAGUUGGCACAGACCCGUGUAAUCAAACAAACACUGGAUCAAGCCCUAGGGCCUCCUUCCGAGGCUGACUUCAAUGGGCGGGAGGUCACCGAGCAGACAAUUAGCAAUCUACAGAAUGCUUUCAAUGCUUCAAAUCCAACUUUUAGCCAGCUUCAGGACGGAUGGAGUGGCCAGGAUGACUCCCAGUCAGAUGUUUCUGAAGCACUCUCUGCUGGGGCAUACAGCCGGUCGCGAGGAUUCUGGAUUACACCAAUUCAACAGGGGUUUAGCAUGAACAUAGCUACCCCAGCUACUGAGAAAACUUACAGUGACCCGAUGUCAGUGCCUAACAAUUCAUUUAACCAAGAUUUGAGCAGGUCUUGGGGCAAUCCGCCUCCAAAUACUGGUGUCUCUGGAAACACAACAUUUCAUUCUCAACGAGUGUUCUCUGGCCCCUUGAAUGGAACUUGCGAUUUCGACGCACGCCUUUCGGGUGAGCAAAGUAGAUACGCUUCAGGCUCAGGCAUCGGGCCACGCCGAUCUAUCACUCAAGCUAACCGUGGUGGAUCUUGUUUUCCAACGCAGAACUCUCCCUGGGGAACAUUUGCUGCCACCUCUCCAAGUAUCCAGACGUCAAGAUCUCCUGUAAACCGACAAAGCAACACAUACCAGCAGGUCGGACUAUAUCCUAUACCACCAUAUCAUCAACAAUCAAUUGUGUCUCCUCUCUCUCCGACGGCGUCUGAGUUUACUACUUCUGCUAGUGGGGCUGUACCGCCAUGGGCAACUUCAUCUAUCGGUGUGAACUCUACCCAGACAUACAUUUCACCCCUCGAACCACUUAACUACCGCCGGCUCCUCGACAAAAAUGUCUCUUGUGAUUGGAGAUAUAUAGUGGACAAAAUUGUUUGCAAUAACGACCAGCAGGCUUCCAUCUUUCUGCAACAAAAACUAAAAGUUGGAACAUCUGAGCAAAAGUACGAGAUCAUAGAAGCCAUAGUGCACCAGGCCUAUCCUCUAAUGAUCAAUCGUUUUGGCAACUUUCUUGUCCAGCGUUGUUUCGAGCAUGGCACGUCCGAGCAGAUAGCUGCCAUUGCCAAUGCAAUUAAAGGUAACACAUUGAGCCUUAGCAUGGACCCCUUUGGUUGCCAUGUAAUCCAAAAGGCUUUUGACUGUGUACCAGAAGAGCACAAAGCUGUUAUGGUUCAUGAACUUUUACGAAGAAUCCCAGAAACAGUAAUCCACAGGUAUGCUUGUCACGUCUGGCAGAAGCUCUUUGAGCUGCGUUGGAGUGGCGAGCCUCCGCAGAUUAUGGCCAAGGUCAAUGAGGCAUUGCGCGGAAUGUGGCAUGAAGUCGCUUUAGGGGAGACAGGGAGUUUGGUUGUACAGAACAUCUUUGAAAAUUGUGUGGAGGAUGAAAAACGUCCGGCCAUAGAAGAGGUGUUGGCCAAGGUCGAUUUACUUGCCCACGGCCAGUUUGGGAACUGGUGUAUUCAACACAUCUGUGAACACGGCGCAUCUCACGACAAAAACCGUGCGAUUGAGCAUAUCCUUCUCUGGGCUGUUGACUAUAGCAUGGAUCAGUUUGCUUCUAAGAUAGUGGAGAAAUGUCUGAAGAUUGGUGGCUCUGAGUUUCUAGACCGCUACCUUACUCGAGUGUGUACUGGCCGUACAGAUCGUCCGCGAAUGCCGUUAAUUGACAUUGCUGGGGAUCAGUAUGGAAAUUACCUCAUCCAGUGGAUUCUGAUGAAUGCCGCGCCUCAUCAGCGUGAGCUAGUUGCGAGUCAUAUUCGGAAGCAUAUGGUUUCAUUACGUGGGUCUAAGUUUGGUUCUCGCGUGGCCAUGCUGUGCUGCAAUCCAUCUCAUAUCACACGUCCUGGACCAGGCGCUGGCAUGCAGAUUGGACGUUUUAACAACUUCAGCGACGACAGGUACCAAGUUUCAGGCCAGCAUGGAAGCCGAUUCAACCGUGGAAGCCAAUGGAACCCUAAUUACCCGCCGUUUCGCUAG